GGAGAAGGAUGAUGGCAGUAAGACAGGUAGAGCUGCUGCAAACACAGCUGACUGUCUGGCUGCUGCAUCUCUGCAAGAAUACAUAAAGAUGUUUUUACAGUCUGGCUGCAUGUGCAUCCUCCGAUAGGAACAGGUGGAGGGUGUUGCAUAAGAGGCCUUCAUUUUGAGUGAGAAAAAAUUGUUCUUGAAAAAUUACUUCUGUCUGUAUUCUGGAGAAACGCUGCACCCUACGUCAGGCAGCAAGCAGCAGUGCUUAUGGCUCGUUACAAAGGUGCCAGUGGCAGAAAUAUUACAUCGUUACAUCCGCUUCCCGGGUCCUUUAAGCAUCGGCAGGAUGAGCAAGAGUUGGUACAAAAGAGGACUUUUACAAAAUGGAUCAAUACUCAUCUGGCUAAGCGCAAUCCUCCCAUGAUGGUCAGUGAUUUGUUUGAAGACAUCAAGGAUGGGGUAAUGCUGAUAGCCCUUUUGGAGGUUCUUUCAGGGCAGAAACUGCCUUGUGAGCAAGGACGUCAUCUGAAGAGAAUUCACUGGGUUGCCAACAUUGGCACAGCACUUAAGUUUCUAGAAGGAAGACGGUCUGUAUACCGAGGAUCUCCGAUUAAGCUUGUCAACAUAAACUCAACUGAUAUUGCUGAUGGUCGACCUUCUAUUGUGCUUGGCUUGGUGUGGACGAUAAUCUUAUAUUUUCAGAUUGAAGAACUCACCAGCAAUCUUCCACAGCUUCAGUCAUUGUCUAGCAGUGCUUCUUCUGUGGAGAGCGUUGUCAGUUCAGAAACUGCAAGUCCCCCAAGCAAACGGAAGGUGGUAACCAAGGUCCAAGGAAGUGCCAGGAAGGCUUUGUUAAAAUGGAUCCAAUAUACAGCAGCAAGGCAAGUUGGAAUUGAAAUCAAAGACUUUGGACAAAGUUGGAGGAGCGGUGUUGCAUUUCAUUCCAUUAUCCAUGCUAUCCGCCCAGAUUUAGUGGACAUGGAGAAAGUAAAAGGAAGAUCAAACAGGGAAAACCUAGAAGAGGCAUUUACACUCGCGGAAACAGAGCUAGGGAUUCCGAGGCUCCUUGAUCCGGAAGAUGUGAAUGUUGACAAGCCGGAUGAAAAGUCUAUCAUGACCUACGUAGCCCAGUUUUUGAAGUACUAUCCUGAUCCUCAUCAUACAGUGGCUGAUGUGCAGGAGAACGAAAAGGAAGACAAGUUGAUGCUGAGAGACCUAAAAGUGUGGGCAGAACAAUUUGAAAGAGAUUUAGCACGGGCACAGGUGGCAGAAACAAGUUUACAGGAGAAAUACCAGUCAUUUAAGCAUUUCAGAAUACAGUAUGAGAUGAAAAGGAAACCUAUUGAACUUGUAACCCAGUCCUUAAGGAAAGAUGGUAAAUUAUCACUUGAUCAAGCUAUAGUGAAGCAAGCGUGGGACAGAGUUUCUUCCAGGCUGUUUGACUGGCACAUACACCUAGAUAAAUCUCUUCCUGCACCUUUGGGUACCAUAGGUGCUUGGCUCUAUAGAGCAGAGAAUGCUCUAAGAGAAGAAGUAAGCAUUCAGCAAGCUCAUGAGGAGACAGCAAAUAUAAUACACCGGAAGCUCGAACAACUUAAGGAUCUACUGAAAAACAUAGAAGGUCACAAAAAGACAUUCCAUGAGAUCCACGGGGCAAGGUCUGUUAAUGGAGUGCCUGUUCCACCGGACCAAUUAGAGGAUAUGGCAGAGAGGUUUAAUUUUGUUGUCUCUUCAUCUGAGCUCCAUCUGUUGAAAAUGGAGUUCCUGGAACUGAAGUACCGUCUACUGUCACUCUUAGUCCUUGCAGAAUCAAAGUUAAAAUCAUGGAUUAUUAAAUAUGGAAGAAGAGAGUCAGUGGAACUACUCCUGCAAAAUUACAUUUCUGUUAUUGAAAAUAGUAAGUUCUUUGAGCAAUACGAAGUUACAUACCAGAUCUUGAAAAGAGCAGCUGAAAUGUAUGCCAAAGCAAAUGGCUCAGUGGAAGAAGUUGAGAGUGUGAUGAAAUUCAUGAGUGAAACAACAGCACAGUGGAGGAACCUCUCAGUAGAGGUGAGAAGUGUAAGAAGCAUGUUGGAAGAAGUAAUUGCUAACUGGGACAGAUACAGCAGCACUGUGGCAGGUCUGCAAGCCUGGUUGGAGGAUGCUGAAAAAAUGCUUAAUCAGACUGAACAGUCUAAAAAGGAUUUCUUCCGGCACUUACCUCACUGGAUCCAGCAGCACACAGCCAUGAAUGAUGCUGGUAAUUUUCUGAUUGAAACAUGUGAUGAGACCAUUUCCAGGGACCUUAAGCAGCAACUUCUUUUACUAAAUGGAAGAUGGAGAGAAUUGUUUAUGCAAGUGAAGCAAUAUGCUCGGGCAGAUGAAUUGGACAAAAUACAGAAAGAAUACCUGGAUGGUGUGGCUAAUUUGACAGCUUUUGUUGAUGGAAGCAAUAGAAAAUUUUCAUCAGCCAUAGAAGUGUCCUUCCUAGAUGUGAAGAUGUUUGUACAAGAUUUAGAAAAUAUUAAGCAAAAAUUGCCUGCCAUGGAAGCUCAGUACAAAAUGGUCACAAGAACAGCACAACUUCUUACAAAAGAAAUUUCCCAAGAAGAAGUAAAUGAAAUGCUUGCAACUUUGACAAGGAUGAAAGAGCAGCUGAGCAAGGUCAAGGAGUAUUCCAGUGCCCUGCUGUAUGAAUGCCAGCAUCUGCUGUCUCCACUUGAAGAACAGGAGAAACAAAUCACAAACUUCUAUGAAUCUCUUGAAAAGGUCAAUGAAAUAAUUUCUAUCCAGGAUCCUGAAGCACAGCCUACAACUGUUCUUAAGCAAAAAGCUCAAGAUUUGGUAGCUUAUCAAGAAAACUGCAAGAAAGCUUUGUCCCUCAUUGAGAGAAAUAGUCAGAGUAUCCUGCAGUGCGUGGCUUCUAGUGAAGUGUUGCAGCAUUUCCAUCAGUCAACAUUUCAGAAGAAAGUUACACAAGUUCAGAUCACUUUUCAGAAUAUGGUCAGGAAAGCUGGUGACUGGAGGAAAAACAUAGAAGCAAAUAGCCGUUUGAUGAAGAAAUUUGAGGAGUCUAGAGCAGAACUGGAGAAAGUGAUACAGAUUGCCAAUUGUUGCUUAAAAGAAAAAGGAAAUCCUGAAGAGCUUCUCAGGAAGCAUAGUGAAUUCUUUAAUCAGUUGGACCAGAGAGUCCUAAAUGCCUUCCUGAAAGCUUGUGAUGAACUUACUGACAUCCUUCCUGAACAAGAGCAACACAGCCUGCAGGAAGCUGUGAGGAAACUCCAUAGGCAGUGGAAGGAUCUUCAAAUGGAAGCCCCGUAUCAUUUGAUCCAUUUGAAGAUUGAAGUGCAGAAAAGCAAGCUCCUAGUCACAGUGGAGGAGUGCAAAGCUGAACUAGCUCGACAGAAUAAGGUGCUAACCAGAGAAGGCAAAGAAAGGAUGAUUGAAGAGCACAAGUUGUUCUUUGGUGACAAGGGAUCUUACCAUCUCUGUGAGAAAAGAUUACAACGGAUUGAAGAACUGUGCCAUAAACUUCCAGUUUCUGAUCCAGUGAGGGCUACAUUGGAAAGUAGCCAACGAAUCCUGAAGGAGCUCAAAUCUCAGAUAGACAGUACAUACACAAAACUAACAGAGCAUUCAGACAUCUGGAAGAGCUAUACAAACAGAUUUUCUGAAUUGGCAAAUUGGAUUUCGUCUACAGAAAGAGACCUACAGAGGAUAAAGGAAAAUGUCAGUGAUACUGCUAAAUAUGAGCAAUUUAAAUCAUCUACUAGGGAAAUCAGGCAGCAAAUUAACAAGCAGGGAGAAAAUCACAGCUGGCUGAAAUCUAGACUUGCAGUUAUUACUAAAAUAUGUACUGAUGUGGAAGCCAAGAAAACAGAAGAUGAACUCUGUAAACUUUCCAGUGACUUCAAAGGACUUCUGGAUUUUCUGGCUGAGAUUGAAAGGACAUUAGGCACUGUUGGAGAUUGUGUCCAAUAUAAAGAAGAGGUUAAAAGUGCAAUUGAAGAGCUAAUCAACAACUCUAAGGAAGCCCAAGCAGAAGCUGAAAAGAUCCUGGAUACAGAAAGUUUAUUGCAAGCUCAGCAACUACUGUUUCAUCAUCAGCAAAGGACAAGGAGACUCCGUGCAAAGAGACAAGGUGUGCAACAGCAGAUUUUCCAGGCUAAACAGUUGCAGAUUGAAGGUGGACUGCCAAGUGCAAUGCAGGAAGAUUUACUGAAGCUAGAAGGAACACUGGAGAACAUGCAGCAGACUAUGGAGAAACGGGAAGAGCAAUUGCAAGUCACAAUAAAUAAAUGGGAGCAGUUUGAAAGGGACAAAGAAACAGUAGUAAAAUAUCUUAAUCAAGCAAGCUGUGCACUUGAACGUAUCUUAAACUUUAGCAGUUUAGAGAGUCUCUCCUCAGAACUGGAUCAGACGAAGGAACUUUCUAAACACAGUGAAGCCAUGGCAGUACAAGCUGAAAACUUGGUGAAGAAUUCUUCUGAGAUACAGCUUGGUUCAAAGAGCAAACAAGCCCUGCAGCAGCAGGCAAAAGCUAUCCAAGAGCAAGUGAAAAAAGUGGAUGUUACUCUAGAAGAAGAUCUUAAAAGAAUGGAAAUGAUGAAAAACAAGUGGGAUCAUUUUGGCAAAAAUUUUGAAGCUCUGUCCACCUGGAUAGCUGAAAAAGAAAAAGAACUGGAAACUUUGGAAACAGCUUCAUCUCCUUUGGACAUACAGAUCAGCCAAAUCCAGGUUAUUAAUACAGAAAUAGAUGGUAAAAUAAAUGGAAUCUCAAAACUAGAAGAAGAAGCCAAAUCAUUUACCCAGUUUGUUACCUCUGGAGAAUGUGCACAUAUUAAAGCCAAACUGACUCAUAUCAAACGGUAUUGGGAAGAGCUAAGAGAACACGCACAGAGACUGGAAGGAACCAUCACAGGGAAAGCAUCAGCACAGCAGAAAUAUGAAGAAAGUCUUAAACAGGUGCAGAAGACAGUGUCUGAAUUUGAAGCUAAGUUAGCUGAACCUCUCACAUCAUGCACUUCAUCAUCAGCAACAUAUGGAGACCUACAGGACUGCACGGACUUUUGUCAUACUGUGGAAAAACUGAGCAGCACGCUGGCCUCUCUCUCAGCCUGUGCUCGAAAGGCUGCCAGUAAAGAAAAAGCUGCUCAGGAGGUUACAGCAUUACAGCAGAGAUAUGAGAAGGUACUAGAAAAUGCUAAAGAGAAACAAAUCUUACUGGAGACUCUUCUGGCUCGAUGGCAGAAGCAGGAGAAAGAGCUGUGCGCUUUCCAGACCUGGCUGGAAGGGUGUGAAGCUGCAGGCAGGCCAUCAGAGCAGUAUGUUUCUGCUGACAGAGUUAAGCUGGAAGGUGAACUGCAAUCACUGCAGGAUUUGCGAGCAGAUUUUGAAUCUCAUGCUUCCAUCUAUGCGAGCCUAUUACAGUUAAAUGAGUUGCUGUUCCCAACAGCUUCCAAACAGUGUGUGAAAGCAAUAAAUGAAAAAUUUAAAGAGCUGGAUGAGAGAUGGAAAGCAUUACCACAAACUAUUGAUAAAAGGAUCAACUUCCUUCAGUCUCUUGUUGCUAAGCAUGGACAGUUUGAUGAGCUCCUGUGCAGUUUUUCAGACUGGAUUAAGCAGUUUCUUGCUGAACUACAGUCCACUUCAGAGAUAAACACAGCUGAUCCAGAAGUAGCUGCAUCUCACAACAAGAAACAUUCAGUGGAAAUUGAAAGUAAGAAACAGCAGUUACAAAGUCUGAAGGACCUUGUAGAUAAACUGUGUGCUUUCAGCUGUCCAGUGGACCAACAGACAUUGCAAGGGAAAACUGAAGAUUGCUUUCAGAUCUUCCAGGAGGCAAAUCAAAUAACUAAUCAAAGGCAAGAGGCCCUGGAUCAGCUGCAGGUAUUCCUGGAGCUCCAUAAUGCUGCAUCAAGAGUGCUCCACCAACUGAGGCAGACAGUGGAGAAAACAGGUAAUAUAGACAAAGCUAAAUCAGAAUUACUGGAGAAGGACCUCCAUGAUGUUAUUCAGUCUCUUAACAAGCUGGAAGCUAUUGCCAUCAGUUUGGAUGGUUCACUUACUAAGGCCCAGUAUCACUUAAAACAUGGGAUUUCUGAGCAGAGGACCUCCUGCAGGGCUGUGGUGGACCAUCUGUACUUAGAACUGGAGGCAGUUCAAAACCUGCUCGGAACAAAACAGAGUGAGGCAGAAGCUCUUGCAACCCUGAGAAGAUCUUUCAUGGAACGUAAAGAAGAACUGUUGAAGAGUAUUGAAGAUACUGAGGAAAAGGCUGACAAGGAGGGCCUAAGAGAAGCAACGCUGCAAGCCCUCCAGCAAAGAUUGAGGAUCUUUAACCAGUUGGAUGAAGAACUGAAUUCUCACCAGCAUGAACUCCAGUGGCUCAUGGACAAAGCAAAGCAAAUAGCCCAAAAAGAUAUAACUCUUGCUCCUGAAAUUGACAAAGAGAUUAAUCAUUUAGCAUCUCUGUGGGAGGAUACCAAGAAAGUUAUACAGGAAAAAAAGGAGCAGUCCUGCAUUCUUAUUGAUCUGAUAAAGGAAUAUCAGGGCUUGAAGUCAACAGUAAUGAAAGUCAUAGACAGUGUUGACAGUGCUUCAGUGUUAAAAUCCAUUUGGAAGGAUCAUGAAGAUAUCAGGAGAACUUUAUCAAAGCACGAAGCUGCCAAGAAUGAUCUGAGUGAUAAACAAAAGGACCUGGAUACUUUUACCAAUAAAGGAAAACAUUUGUUAGCAGAACUGAAAAAAGUGCAAAACUGCGACUGCACUGUGGUGAAAACAGAUAUGAACUCAACAGUGGACAAAUGGUUGGAUGUGUCAGAAAGGAUUGAUGACAACAUACACCGGCUGAGUUCAGGUGUGUCUCUAUGGGAUGACAUCCUGAAAAUUGCAGAUGAAAUGGAUGGAUGGUGCACAAAGUGCAUUUCUCAUCUGAAUGAAGGCAUCAGCAACUUGAGUAACAGUCAGAGAAUGGAGGUCAUCCUGAAAGACUUUCAGUCUCAAGUCAAGGAUAAAGAACAGAAGUUGGAGCAGCUUAGCUCUAAAAUUUCAGAACUCAAAGAACUGACUCAUAGUCAAGAGCCUCCUGCAGAUCUCCAGUUUAUAGAGUCAGAUUUAAGGCAAAAACUGGAACAUGCCAAAGAAAUGUCACAGACUGCAAAAGAGACACUAAAAGAGUUCAGUACUCAGAAGAUGCAGUUACAGAAGUUUAUUGACAAGAUGACACACUGGUUAACAGAAACGGAAGAGACACUUUUAAGAUGCUCACGUAACCUGGACCCUGAAUCUCUAAAUCUAGUAAAGGAAACACAAAAAGACCUGCAGCUCCAACAGAGCAGCAUUGAUUCAACCCGUGAGAACCUCAACAGGCUGUGCCGCAAGUAUCAUUCUGUAGAGCUAGAAACUCUUGGUGGCACUGUCACUUCACUAAUAAAGAAGUAUGAAGCUGUGAAUCAGCUUUGUUCCAGAACACAGGCCAACAUGCAAGAGUGCUUGGAAAAACAUUUCCUCUAUUCUAUGCAAGAAUUCCAGGAAUGGUUUUCUGAUGUGAAGGCUGCAGUAAAAGAAUUAUCUGACAGGUCUGGAGAUAGCAAAGCCAUAGAGGCAAAGCUGCAUGAUUUGCAGAGUGUGCUCAAUUCUCUUAGUGAGGGGCAAAACAAGUUAGAUGCUGCCUGCAAGGAAGGAGAAAACUUGUACACUUGCUUACCUCAACCAGUUGUGACCCAUAUUCAGGAGCAAGUAACGAAGUCUAAUCAGAACUUCAAAGAAUUCCUCAGUCAGUGUCUGAAUGAUAAGCAGGCCCUGGAAACUUGUGCCUCACACCUGGGAAGCUUUGAAGAACAACACAAGAAACUCAGCCUGUGGAUACAUGAUAUGGAAGAAAGAAUGAGCACAGAAGCAUUAGGAGAGAUCAAAGAGCUUAUCCCUGAGAAGAAAAAGGAGGUGCAGAAAGUGGAAAAGUUUCUGGAAGAGUUACUGGCUUCAAGGGAAUCUUGUGAAAAGCUGGCCCAAAUUGCACAGGCUUUAAAUGAGGAAGGGCAUGGUGCAGGAAGGGAAGUGCGCCUGGCCUCUCAACAUCUCACCAAUUAUCAAAACAUGGUCAAAACUGUCAAGGAGAAGCUGCGAACUUGUCAACUUGCACUCCAGGAGCACCUCACUUUGGAGGAGGCACUACAGAGCAUGUGGUCAUGGGUGAAAGAGGUUCAAGAAAAACUGGCCUCGGCUGAGAGUACAGUUGGUAGCAAAGCCAUGCUAGAGCGACGACUGGCACAAAUUCAGGAGAUCCUCUUACUCAAAGGUGAUGGUGAAGUUAAGCUGAACAUGGCUAUUGGCAAAGGAGAACAAGCACUUAGAAGCAGCAGUGAGGAAGGACAAAAGGUGAUACAAACAGAACUGCAAAAACUGAAGGAUGUAUGGAAUGACAUCAUCAGCACAUCCAUGAGCUGGCAGAGCUGCUUAGAGUCCCUCAUCAGCCAGUGGAAUGAAUAUUUGGAAAGGAAAAGCCAGCUGGAACAGUGGUUAGAGAAACUGGAUCACAAAGUGGAGCAGCCUUUAGAACCACAGAUAGGUCUGAAGGAGAAGUUUGCACAGCUGGACUUCUUCCAGGCUAUUGUUUCGGAGAUAGAGGAUCACUCUGGUGAUUUGCAGCAACUUGUUGAAAAAACUGCAGAACUUUAUGAAAAAACUGAGGAUGAUUCUUUUGGAGCAGCAGCUCAAGAAGAACUAAAAACACAGUUUAAUGACAUCACAACUGUAGCCAAGGAGAAAAUGAAGAAAGUGGAAGACAUUGUGAAGGAUCAUUUGCUAUACCUCGAUGCAGUGCAUGAAUUCACAGACUGGCUACAUUCUGCAAAGGAAGAGCUGCACCGCUGGUCAGAUGCAACUGGAGAUACAUCAGUGAUACAGAAAAAGCUGGCCAAAAUCAAUGAGCUGGUAGACUCUCGCCAGAUCGGCGCGGGCCGCCUCGGCCGAGUGGAGACGCUAGCUCCCGCAGCGAAGCGCAGCACGAGUGCCGGCGGAUGCCAGCUCCUCGCCGCUGAGAUGCAGGCCCUGCAGUUGGACUGGAAGCAGUGGGAAGAAAGCGCUUUCCAGAGCCAGCGCAGCCUGCGGGACGUGCUGAGCCAGAUGGCCGUGUCGGAGCAGGAGUUCGCCGCGCAAGUUGCGCGGCUGGAGGAGGCCGUGCAGCGGUUCGGCGGGCUGCUGGCUGACUGGUCGCAGAGCCUGGCUCCCCUCGACAGCCGUCACACCGACGCCGAGAUCGUGGAGAGCUGGCGCAAGGAGAAAGAAACAUCAGAUGCUCUGAUAAAGUCUGAACAUGUGAUAGAUGAAAUCAAGACUCAGUUAAAUGAUCUUUGCAGAUUUUCCAGAGAUUUGAGUACCCAUUCUUCAAAAGUUUCUGGGUUGAUUAAGGAGUAUAACAGCCUUUGCCUGCAAGCUUCAAAGGGAUGUCAGAGUAAAGAGCAGAUCUUGCAACAAAGAUUUCGGACAAGUUUCAGGGACUUCCAGCAGUGGCUGGUCAGUGCGAAAGUCACCACAGCCAAAUGCUUCGAUGUACCUCAGGAUAUCAGUGAAGCUUCAGCAAGUCUACAGAAAAUACAGGAAUUCUUAUCAGAAAGUGAGAAUGGACAACAUAAAUUAAACUUGAUAGCAUCCAAAGGAGAACUGCUGUGCUCUGUUUUGCCAAAGGAGAAGGCUAAAGUUAUCUCGGACAAAUGCGCUAUGGCUAAGGAAGACUGGAAAAAUUUUAUCAGCACCCUCCAUCAGAAGGAAUCUGCACUGGAGAACCUAAAGAUCCAGAUGAAGGACUUUGAAGCGACUGCUGAGCCUCUGACAGAAUGGCUGAGCACAACAGAAAAGAUAGUACAAGGAAGUAGCAGUCGCCUCCAUGACCUUUCUUCCAAGAGGAGAGAACAGCAAAAGUUGCAGUCUGUCCUUGAGGAAAUAAGCUGCCAUGAGCAUCAGCUCAACAGGCUAAAAGAGAAAGCUCAGCAGCUGUUGGAAGAGCAAGCUGUCAGCAAAAGCUUUAUGCGCAGAGUGUCUCAAUUGUCUUCACAAUACCUUACUCUAAGCAAUCUGACAAAGGAGAAGGUGUCCAAAAUGGAUAGGGUUCUCGCAGAGCACCAGCAGUUCUCUCACGGUUUCAAGGACCUCCAAGACUGGGUGGCUGAUGCAAUUCACAUGCUGGAGUCCUACUGUCACCCCACUGCUGACAAAAAUGUUCUGGACAGUCGGAUGUUAAAGCUGGAGGGACUGCUAACAGUGAAACAAGAAAAAGAAAUCCAAAUGAAAAUAAUUAUGACAAGAGGAGAAUCUGUUCUGCAAAAUACUUCUCUGGAGGGAGCACAAGUGAUUGAACAGCAGUUACAUACCCUGAAGGACAGCUGGGCUUCUCUUCUGUCUGCGUGUAUCCAGUGCAAGAGUCAACUGGAAGGAGCUCUCUCCAAAUGGACAAGUUACCAGGAUGAUGUUCGCCAGUUUACCAGCUGGAUGGAUAAAGUAGAAGCAAGCAUGCAUUCUUCUGAAAGGCAAUAUGCUGAAUUGAGGGAAAAAACAGCUGCCCUCAGCAAAGCAAAGCUACUCAGUGAAGAAGUGUUGAGUCACAGCAGUCUGUUGGAGACAAUUGAAGCAAAAGGCAGUGGAAUGGCUGAGCAUUAUGUCACUCAGCUUGAACUCCAGGAGCUGCAGGACCGAUAUAAGUUGCUCAAAGACAGAACAAGGGAGGCAGUAAAAAAAGCUGAAGAACUGCUUAACUUACAUCAGGGGUAUCAAAGAAAUCUGAAGGCAUUUGAAACAUGGCUGGAGGAGGAACAGGAAAAACUUAGCUGCUUAUCACACCUUGAAGGUGAUGCCCAGAGACAGGAGGCAACGCUCCGAGACCUGCAGGAGUUGCAGGUCCGCUGUGCGGAGGGACAAGCAUUACUGAAUGCUGCUGUCCGUGCCAGAGAGGAGGUGAUUCCUUGGGGCAUGCCACAGAUAGAAGACAGAGCGUUGGAAUCCAUACGGCAGGACUGGCAAGUUUAUCAGCACAAUCUUUCUGAAGCAAGAAGCCAAUUAAACGCUACUGUGAGCAGACUGAGGUUAAUGGAGAAAAAAUUUCAGAAGGUUAAUGACUGGAUAACAGAACUGGAGGAGAAAGUUGCUGUCCGGACUGGGAGGCAGUCUGGUAGAGCAACGAAAGAGAUGCAGCUUCAACAAAUGAAGAAAUGGCAUGAAGAAAUAACGAUAUACAAAGAUGAUGUGGAGGAAGUUGGGAUACUAGCUCAACAAAUACUAGAGGAAGGUCUCACUACCAGUGGAAUGGGAAGCCAAGCUACACAGCUUACAUCUCGAUAUCAAACUCUUCUUCUUCGUAUCUUGGAACAAACAAAGUUUUUGGAAGAAGAGAUACGCAGUAUGGAGGAGUCAGAAUUGGCUUUUAGUGCUUACAAAAAUUGGUAUGGAGCUACUAACAAGGACUUCAGAAAUGUGAUCACCAAGUUUGAUGUGUUGGAUAAAACAGCAAUGGAGAAAAAAGUACAGAAACUAGAGCUGCUUUUGAGUGAUAUGGACAUAGGCCACAGUUUACUGAAAUCUGCCCGUGAGAAGGGGGAGCGAGCUAUAAAGUACAUGGAAGAAAAUGAUGCUGAUUGCUUAAGAAAAGAAAUUGGAGAUCAUGUGGAACAGCUUGAAGAUUUAGCUGGUUCAAUCAGGAAGGAGCAUGUGACUUCAGAGAAGUGCCUUCAGCUGGCAAAGGAGUUCUCAGACAAGUACAGGGCACAAACCCAGUGGCUCACAGAGUACCAAGCCAUGUUGCGUACACCAGUGGAACCAAAGUGUGAACUUUAUGAGAAGAAGGCCCAGUUGUCCAAAUACAAGUCCAUGCAGCAGACCAUUUUGUCCCAUGAGCCCUCAGUAAAAUCGGUGAUCGAAAAGGGAGAAGCACUUUUUGAUCUGGUGAAUGAUGUGACUCUAAAGAGCAACAUUCAAGAUCUUCAGAGCGAUUACCAUGAACUCUGCAGCGCAGCAAAGGCAUAUGUUGAAACAUUAGAGGUGAGAGUAAAAGAGCAUGAGGACUACAAUAGUGAUUUGCAAGAAGGAGAGAAGUGGUUAUUACAUAUGUCUAGCAGGCUGGUUAGCCCUGACCUCAUGGAGAAUAACAGUCUUGAAGUAAUCACUCAGCAACUAGCCAACCACAAGGCUAUCAUGGAAGAAAUUGCAGGAUUUGAAGACUGUUUGAACAAACUUAAGAGUAAAGGUGAUUAUUUGAUUAAUCAAUGCACAGAACAUCUUCAAGCAAAAUUUAAGCAAAAUAUACAAAGCCAUCUUCAAGGAACAAGGGACAGCUAUUCUGCCAUAUGUAGCACAGCCCAACGGGUGUACCAGAGUUUGGAACAUGAACUCCAGAAGCAUGUCAAUCAUCAAGAUACCCUACAACAGUGCCAGACUUGGCUGUCUACAGUACAGUCAGAGCUAAAGCCAAGUACCUGGACACCUUUCAGCCUGGCAGAUGCAGUUAAACAGGUGAAACAUUUCCGGGCUCUGCAGGAACAGGCAAAUACAUACUUGGAUCUUUUGUGCUCCAUGUGUGAUCUGUCAGAUGCCACAGUGAAGAGUACAGCAACAGAUAUUCAACAAACAAAACAAAUGAUUGAGCAACAGAUAAUGCACUCACAGUAUUUGGCUCAAGGUUGGGAAGAGAUAAAACAAAUGAAGGCUGAGCUCUGGAUAUAUUUCCAGGAUGCAGAUCAACAACUACAGAAUUUGAAAAGGAGACGCGCAGAGUUGGAACUAAAUAUUGCCCAGAAUAUGGUACUCCAAGUUAAGGAAUUCAGUCAGAAGUUACAGUCUAAGCAGUCAGCUCUUACUUCAGUGACUGAGAAGAUAAACAAACUAACCCAAGGACAGGAGUCACCUGAGCACAAGGAAAUUGGACAGCUGAGCAAUCAGUGGCUGGAUCUCUGCCUUCAAGCACACAGUUUGCUCAUACAGAGGGAGGAAGAUCUGCAGAGGACAGUGGAUUACCAUGAUCGUAUGAAUGUAGUUGAACUUUUCUUGGAAAAGCUCACAAAAGAAUGGGACAACUUGGCUAGAUCUGAUGCUGAAAGCACAAAUGUGCACCUUGAAGCUUUGGAGAAAUUGGCACUAACACUUCAAGAGAGGAGAUUUGCUCUGGAAGAUUUGAAAGAUCAGAAACAGAAGAUGGUGGAACAUCUGAAUCUUGAUGACAAAGAAUUAGUAAAGGAGCAAUUUGGUCAUUUUGAGCAACGCUGGACUCAGCUGGAGGAACUUGUGAAAAGAAAAAUGCAAAUUUCUGUUUCAACUUUAGAAGAGCUUAGUUUGGUGCAUUCCAAACUUCAGGAACUAAUGGAAUGGGCAGAAGAGCAGCAACCUAGUAUCUCAGAGGCUCUUAAACACAGCCCUCCUCCAGAUUUGGCUCAGAGUCUUCUCAUGGAUCAUCUUACCAUUUGCAGUGAGCUUGAAGCCAAACAGCUUGUUCUGAAGACACUGUUGAAAGAUGCCGAGAGGGUGAUGACCAGCUUAGGGCUCAAUGAAAGGCAGGAGCUGCAGAAAGCACUUUCUGAUGCACAGCACCAUGUAGAUUGUCUCAGUGAUCUGGUUGGCCAGAGGAGAAAGCACCUGAAUAAAGCACUGUCUGAAAAAACACAGUUUCUCUUGGCAAUCUUUCAGGCUACCAACCAAAUUCAUCAACAUGAGAAGAAAGUAACAUUUCCAGAGCAUAUCUGUUUGUUGCCAGAAGAUGUGAACAAACAGAUCAGGACUUGUAAGAAUGCCCAAGCUAGCCUGAAAGCCUACCAAAAUGAAGUCACUGGGCUGUGGACUCAAGGAAGGGAUUUAAUGAAAGAAGCAACAGAACAAGAGAAGAGUGAAGUGUUAGGUAAACUGCAAGAACUACAGAAUAUAUAUGACACUGUUUUACAAAAGUGUACCCAGAGAUUGUUAGAACUGGAGAAAAAUAUAGUUUCCAGGAAAUAUUUCAAAGAAGAUUUGGAUAAGGCUUGCCAUUGGCUAAAGCAAGCUGAUAUUGUCACAUUCCCAGAAGUUAAUGUAAUGAAUAGUAACUCUGAACUGUACACCCAGUUGUCCAAGUAUCAACAGAUUCUUGAGCAGUCACCUGAAUAUGAAAAUCUCCUACUUGCUCUGCAAAGACAUGGCCAAGAAAUCCUACCAUCGCUUAAUGAGGUGGAUCAUUCUUAUCUGGAUGAAAAACUUAAUAUUCUCCCUCAGCAAUUCAACCUUGUCACUGCUCUGGCAAAAGAUAAAUUCUAUAAAGUUCAGGAAGCAAUUUAUGCUAGAAAAGAAUAUACCUCUUUGAUUGAGUUGACAACUAAAGCCUUGACUGAGCUAGAUGAUCAGUUUAUUAAUAUGGACAAAGCUCCAGCUUCUGUUUUAGCCAAAGAAGUUGUGUCACUCCAGCAGGCCUACAGAGACCUCCUAGGUGAAGUGAUGAGCCUUGGUGCAGCAGUGGAUGAACUAAACCAGAAGAAGGAGGCCUUUCGUAGCACUGGCCAGCCAUGGCAACCAGAUGAAAUGUUAAAACUUGCCACAUUAUAUCACAAGUUGAAGAGGCAAAUAGAACAGAAAAUCAGCCUGUUAGAAGACACAGUAGAAGCAUGUCAAGAACAUGAGAAGAUGUGUACACAACUUGAAGCACAGUUAGAGGCAGUGAAAAAUGAACAAAUUAAGGUAAAUGAAGAAAUGCUACCAAUAGAAGAAAAGUUGAAAAUAUACCAUUCUCUGGUGGGCAGCUUGCAAGAUUCGGGGAGUCUUCUGAAGCGAAUAACUGAGCAUAUAGAAACCCUUUCUCCCCAGCUUGAUCCAUCUGCACUUGAAACAACCAAUCACCAAGUGCUGUCUUGGCAAGACAAACUAAAGAAUUUGCAUUCUGCCAUUGGUGACAUAGUGAUGGACUGUGAGAAUAGACUUGUGCAAAGCAUAGACUUCCAGACAGAAAUCUGCCGUUCACUCGACUGGCUGAGAUGGGUGAAAACAGAACUCAAUGGAAAAUUAAGUUUGGACCUAAAGCUGCAAAGCAUCCAAGAAGAAAUCCGAAAGGUUCAGAUACAUCAGGAAGAAGUGCAGUCAAGCCUAAGGGUAAUGAAUGCACUGAGCAAUAAAGAAAAAGAGAGAUAUAUGAAAGCAAAGGAGCUGAUACCUGCUGAUCUGGAAAACACUCUUGCUGAGCUGGCAGAACUAGAUAGUGAAGUUCAAGAAGCUAUACACAUGAGACAGGCGACCUUGGAUAAAUUAUAUAGCCUUUGCCAAAGGUAUUAUCAAGUGAUUCAAAUAACAAAUGACUGGCUUGAGGAUGCUCAGGAGUUUCUGCAUUUAACAAGAAAUGGUCUUGAUGUUGAGAACUCCGAGGGGAACCUAGGGAACCACAUUGAAUUUUUCAGCACAGAAAGUCAGUUCAGUAAUAAUUUGAAGGAGUUACAGGGCCUGGUAUCUGAGCUGGAGCCCUUUAUACUUGCCACAGCAAGAGAGCAGCUCAUGCAGAAUCUAGCUUCAUUGGAAGAAAAGGGCAAAGGGACAAAGCAGGAAGCCAAAACUCAACAAGAACUGUUGCAAAGGUGUGCUUCUGAGUGGCAGGAGUAUCAGACAGCACGACAAAAGGUCAUUGAAGUGAUGAAUGAGGCUGAAAAAAAGUUAUCUGAAUUCUCAGUAGCUAAAGCUGCUUCUUCUCAUGAAGCAGAAGAGAAAUUGCAAACACAUAAGACUCUUGUGUCUGUAGUAAAUUCUUUCCAUGAAAAGAUAACAACUCUUGAAGAGAAGGCUUCACAGCUGGAAAAAGUUAGCAAUGAUGCCAGCAAGGCAACUGUAAAUAGAUCAGUGACAACAGUUUGGCAGCGCUGGACAAGGCUCCGGAAUGUAGCCCAGGAGCAAGAGAAAAUUUUGGAAGAUGCAGUACAGGAAUGGAAGGGGUUUAAUGAUAAGAUUCAGAAAGCUACUGUAGUGAUAGAUCAACUACAGGAUCGUUUACCAGAAAGCUCAGUAGAAAAAGCAUCUAAAACAGAGCUCCUGGAACUCCUGGAUUACCACAGCAGCUUCCUUCUGGAAGUGGAGCACCAGCUAUCAUCUUUGGGUCUGCUCAAACAGCAUGCUCUUAAUAUGCUUCAGGAUGUGGAAAUAAAACCUCUGUCCCAGGAGGAAGUACCAGUCAUGCAAGAAGUCAAAGCAAUGCAAGAUCGAUGCCACAAUAUGCAACAGAAAGUGAAAAAAAGUGUAAAGCUCGUGAAACAGGAGCUGAAAGAGCGUGAGGACGUUGAAGCACAAAUAAAUGUUGUGAAGACUUGGAUCCAGGAAACAAAAGAAUAUUUAUUAAACCCUGAUGUGGAAGUGGAUACUCAACUUCAGGAGCUGAAGUCUCUCCUCUCUGAAGUAACUACUCAUCGCCAGGCUGUUGAAAAAAUGGCUGAACAACAACAGAAUAAGUACUUGGGGCUUUAUACAAUUUUGCCUUCUGAACUCUCUCUUCAUUUAGCAGAAGUUGGACUGGCCCUUGUAACUGUACAAGAUCAGAUUCAAGCCAAAGAAAAAGAAACUGAGCAUAUCAAAACACUGAAUCAAGAGUUUGGACAGAGAAUUCAGGGGAUAGCAAAUGAAUUAAAUGCAGUUCUUUCCAAACUGAAAAGGAAAACAAAUGAUAUUGUACAAGCUAAAUUUGAACAGAAGAUCCUUGGUGAAGAGUUGGACAGCUGUAAUAUAAAGUUACUGGAAUUAGAUGCAUCAGUCCAGGAGUUUUCAGAACAGAACAUACCCCUGGCUAAGCAGCUGGCUAACAGAAUAGGGAAACUCACUGCACUGCACCAACAGACCAUACGGCAGGCUGAGUACAGAGCAACCAAGCUCAGUCAGGCUACUUCACAUUUGGAAGAAUACAAUGAGAUGCUGGAGUUCAUACUGAAAUGGAUUGAGAAAGCAAAUAUCCUAGUGCAUGGUAGUAUAACAUGGAAUUCUUCCUCUCAGCUUCGUGAUCAGUUUAAAGCCUACCAGACUAUGCUUGAAGAGUCUGCGGAAAUCCACGGUGAUCUCGAGGCUAUGAGUGAAAGGAUUGAGUAUCUGGCCAGUGUAUACUCAACUGAAGGAAUGUCUCAGCAAGUGCUAGAACUGGGGCGUCGGACAGAAGAGUUGCAACAAGUUAUCAAAGUGCGGCUACCAAAUCUGCAAGACGCUGCCAAGGACAUGAAGAAGUUUGAAGUUGAGCUGAGAGCCUUGCAGACUGCUCUGGAGCAAGCCCAAGCCACACUGACCUCUCCAGAGCUUGGGCGUUUGAGCUUGAAAGAGCAACUGUCUCACAGACAGCAUCUCUUGUCUGAAAUGGAAUCGCUUAAGCCAAAGGUUCAUGCAGUCCAAGUCUGUCAAAGUGCCUUGAGGAUUCCUGAAGAGGUGGUCACCAGCCUGCCAAUAUGUCACAGUGCACUCCAGCUCCAGGAGGAGGCCAGCCGCCUGCAGCACACUGCCAUUCAGCAGUGCAACAUCAUGCAGGAAGCUGUGGUGCAAUAUGAGCAAUAUGAGCAAGAGAUGAAACAUUUACAGCAAAUGAUAGAGAGUGCCCAUCGUGAGAUCCAAGACAAGCCAAUAGCAACCAGCAACAUCCAGGAGCUCCAGAACCAGAUUUCACGUCAUGAGGAGCUGGCGCAGAAGAUCAAAGGAUACCAGGAGCAAAUUGCUUCUUUGAAUUCAAAGUGCAAGAUGCUAACGAUGAAAGCGAAACAUGCCACUAUGCUUCUGACAGUGACAGAAGUGGAGGGGCUUUCAGAAGGAAUGGAGGAGCUGGAUUCAGACCUACUCCCGGCGCACCCUGCACAUCCCUCAGUGGUUAUGAUGACUGCUGGUCGCUGUCACACGCUGCUCUCCCCUGUCACUGAGGAGUCUGGGGAGGAGGGAACCAACAGUGAGAUCUCUUCUCCACCUGCCUGUCGCUCUCCCUCACCUGUGGCUAAUACAGAUGCUUCUGUUAACCAGGACAUUGCAUAUUACCAAGCCUUAUCUGCUGAACAGUUGCAAACAGAAGCUGCAAAAAUUCAGCCCAGCACUUCAGCCACUCAAGAGUUUUAUGAACCAGGCUUAGAAUCAGCUGCUAGUGCCAAACUGGAUGAUUUGCAGCGUUCUUGGGAAACACUGAAGAAUGUGAUUAGUGAAAAACAACGCACACUUUAUGAAGCUCUUGAGCGUCAACAGAAAUAUCAGGACACACUUCAGUCUAUAUCCACAAAAAUGGAGACCACUGAGAUGAAACUGAAUGAGAGUCUGGAACCAGCCAAGAGCCCAGAGAGCCAGAUGGCUGAACAUCAGGCUUUGAUGGAUGAGAUUCUAAUGUUGCAAGAAGAAAUCACUGAGCUUCAGACAUCAUUAGCAGAGGAGCUGGUUUCAGAAUCACUGGAUGCAGAAGCUGCGGACCAGUUGGCAUUGCAGUCCACUCUCACGGUCUUGGCAGAGCGAAUGGCUACAAUUCGAAUGAAGGCAUCAGGAAAAAGGCAGCUAUUAGAGGAAAAACUAAGUGAGCAACUGGAAGAACAGCGACAAGAACAGGCUCUUCAGAGGUACCGCUGUGAAGCUGAUGAGCUUGACCACUGGCUACUCAAUACCCGUGCAACGCUGGACACUGCUCUGGUUACUGCUGAGGAACCUAUGGAUAUGGAAGCUCAGUUGGUGGAUUGUCAGAACAUGCUGGUUGAAAUAGAGCAGAAGGUGGUGGCCUUAUCAGAGCUUUCUGUGCACAACGAGAACUUGCUUAUGGAAGGGAAAGCUCAUACUAAGGAUGAGGCAGAGCAGCUGGCUUUGAAGCUCAGGACACUGAAGGGCAGUCUUCUGGAGCUGCAGAAAGUUCUCCAUGAUAAACAGAUCAACAUUCAGGGAUCACUACAAGAAAAGGAGGAGAGCAAUCUAGAUUUGGUUUCCUCACAAAGUCGUGUCCAAGAAUGGCUGGCACAAGCAAGGACUACUCGAUCACAGCAACAGCAGAGCACUCUACAGCAACAGAAAGAGCUGGAACAAGAGCUAGAAGAGCAGAAGAAUUUGCUCCGGUCAGUAGCAUGCCGUGGAGAAGAAAUCCUAACGCAGCAAGGUAUUCCAGAAGGCUUAUGUAUAAGUGAGAAGCCUGAGAAGCUCUCUGAAGGAACUGUGCUUAAGGUGAGAAAAUCAUCACCUGAACAACAGCUGAAGAUAAAAUGGGAAAGCCUGAACCACAAAUUCAAUACCAAGCAGAAGCUUCUCCAGAAAACUCUGGAACAAGAGCAACUGCAGCUCUAUAGCAGACCAAAUAGACUGAUUUCUGGACUGCCUUUGUAUAAGGAGAAUGGACAGGAAGAGGAGAAGUCGUCUGUGUCACCAGUAUUGGUUGAACUAAAUCAGGCCUUUGAAGAUGUGUCAUCUGAGGCUGGACGGGUGGAGAAGGAGAGUCUACAUCUUGAACAGAAGCUGUAUAAUGGAGUUGCAUCUACCUCCUUAUGGCUAGAUGGUGUGGAAGAACAGGUAUUUGUUGCUACAGCUCUGCUGCCAGAGGAAGAAACAGAAACAUACCUCUGCAAACAGGAGUCUCUUGCCAAAGAAAUCAAAGACAUAAGAGAAAUGGAUAAGAACAAGAAUUUAUUUACUCAGAUAUUUCCUGAGAAAUGGUGAUAAUAGGGAGGGUUAUAGAAGACCACUUUGGAUUGUCUCCUGAGAAGACUUACCCUUACUGGAGUCAGUAGUAACCAAGAGAAGCCAUCAGAUGAAAGAAAGGCUCAGGAAAUAAUGACCUUCAAGAAUGACCUGAAACUCCUGUUUACUUCACUAGCUGACAGCAAAUACUUGGUUCUACAGAAACUAGCAGAGGCAGCUGAGAAACCGGAAACAGAACAAAUUCAGGUCAUAAUGCAGGCAGAAGAAAGUUUGAAGGAAUUAGAUGCUGGAAUCAAUGAAUUAAAGAAGAGUGUAGAUAAGCUACAAAUAGACCAGCCUUCUGCACAAGAGCUAUCUAAGCUACAGGAUAUGUAUGAUGAGGUGAUGAUGAUAAUUGGAUCCAGACGGAGUGACCUGAACCAGAAUCUGGCUCUUAAGAGGCAGUAUGAGCGGGCUUUGCAGGACCUGGCUGACCUGGUAGAAACAGGCCAAGAAAAGAUGGAUGGUGACCAGAAAAUGAUUGUUGCUUCUAAGGAGGAGGUUCAAUCACUACUUGACAAGCACAAGGUAAGAAACUGAAUAUUUUCAGGGUUGGAGUCUCACAUGAUCCUGACAGAGACACUCUUUAGAAAGAUGAGUAGUUUUGCCCUUUUAAAGGAAACUCAAUCACAUUCAGAAUUAAUCGCACAAGCUUCAACUGUAUUAAAGCUGGCACAUAAACGAGGUGUGGAGCUGGAAUACAUUCUAGAGACUUGGAUGCAUCUGGAUGAAGCUUACCAGGAACUUACCAGACAACUGGAGUCUGUCGAAGGUAACAUUCCUGCUGUUGGUUUGGUGGAAGAGACGGAAGACAAGCUCACAGAACGGAUUAAACUUUUUCAGCAUCUGAGAUCUAACCUGACUGAAUAUCAGCCUAAAUUAUACCAGGUGCUGGAUGAUGGGAAAAGGCUACUUUUUUCUGUUAGCUGCUCAGAUCUUGAAAGUCAGCUGAACCAACUGGGAGAGCACUGGCUAAGUAACACCAGCAAGGUUAACAAGGAACUUCACAGGCUGGAGACAAUACUGAAGCACUGGACAAGGUAUCAAAGUGAAUCAACUGAACUGACACACUGGUUACAAUCUGCAAAAGAGCGACUUGAGUUCUGGAGUCAGCAGUCUCUGACAGUUCCUCAGGAACUGGAAACUGUCCGAGACCACCUGAGUUCCUUUUUGGAGUUUUCAAAAGAAGUGGAUGCUAAAUCAUCACAGAAAUCUUCUGUACUGAGUACUGGGAACCAGCUCCUCAGAUUGAAGAAGGUAGAUACAGCAGCGUUGCGUGCAGGAUUGUCCCAGAUUGACAGUCAGUGGACAGAGCUGCUCACACAAAUCCCAGCAGUACAAGAGAAAUUGCACCAGCUGCAGAUGGACAAAAUUCCUUCUCGCCAUGCUAUCACUGAAGUUAUGAGCUGGAUUUCCCUGAUGGAAAAUGUUAUUCAUAAAGAUGAGGAGAGUAUAAAAAAUGUAAUAGGACAAAAAGCCAUUCAGGAUUAUGUCCAAAAAUACAAGGGUUUCAAGAUAGAUUUAAAUUGCAAACAAUUGACAGUGGACUUUGUGAAUCAAUCGGUGCUACAGAUUAGCAGCCAAGAUGUUGAAAGUAAACGUAGUGACAAAACUGAUUUUGCAGAACAGCUUGGAGCAAUGAAUAGACGUUGGCAGAUCCUACAAGGCUUGGUAACAGAAAAGAUCCAGCUGUUGGAAAGUCUGCAGGAAUCCUGGACAGAAUAUGAAAAUAAUGUGCAGUGCUUAAAAUCUUGGUUUGAAACCCAAGAGAAGAAGUUGAAAAAACAACAGAGAAUUGGAGACCAGGCUUCAGUACAGAAUGCUUUGAAAGAUUGUCAGGAAUUAGAAGAAUCAAUAAGAACAAAGGAAAAAGAAUUAGAAAGCAUAGAACAAAGUGGUCUGUCUUUGAUACAGAACAAGAAGGAAGAAGCCUGUUCUGCUGUUUUGAAUACACUGCAAGAAAUCAAUCAUUCCUGGGCCAACUUGGAUCACAUGGUUAGCCAGCUAAAGAUAUUGUUGCAGUCUGUUCUUGAUCAGUGGAGCAUUUACAAAGUAACUUAUGAAGAACUAAAUAGUUACCUGAUGGAAGCCAGAUAUUCUUUGUCCCGCUUUUAUCUUCUUACUGGCUCUUUGGAAGCUGUGAAAGUCCAAGUUGAUAACCUACAGAGCCUGCAAGAUGAACUGGAAAAACAAGAAAAUAGCUUACAGAAAUUUGGUUCCGUGACCAAUCAGUUACUGAAGGAAUGUCACCCACCAGUGACCGAAACACUUACCAGCACUUUGAAAGAAGUUAAUAUGAGGUGGAAUAACCUUAUGCAAGAGAUUGCAGAGCGACUACGUUCCAGUAAGGGUCUCCUUCAGCUGUGGCAGAGGUACAAGGACUGUUACCAGCAGUGCUCUUCUACAGUCCGUCUACGAGAAGACCAGACCAAUGAAUUGUUGAAGACUGCCACCAGUAAAGACAUUGCUGAUGAUGAAGUAACCACCUGGAUUCAGGACUGCAAUGAUCUUCUUGCUGAUAUAAAGACAGCACAGGAUUCACUGAUUGUUCUUCAAGAACUGGGAGAGGAGUUAAAAAGCCGGGUGGAGGCCUCAGCAGCAGCAGCUAUACAGUCUGAUCAACUGUCUCUGAACCAGAAUCUGUCAGCCCUAGAACAAGCUCUAUGCAAGCAACAAACUGUACUUCAGGCUGGAGUAUUGGACUAUCAAACAUUUGCUAAGAACCUGCAAGAUCUUGAGGCCUGGGUAACAGAAGCAGAAGCAAAACUGAAAGGACAGGAUCCUGGUCACACAUCUGAUCUCUCAGCAAUACAGAGUAGGAUGGAGGAACUCAAAAGUCAGAUGUUGAAGUUCAGCAGCAUGGCCCCAGAUUUGGAACAUCUUAAUGAGCUGGGUUACAGGCUUCCUCUGAAUGAUAAAGAAAUCAAAAGAAUCCAGAACCUGAACAGACAGUGGUCUCUGAUCUCAUCUCAGACUACAGAGAGAUUCAGUAAGCUGCAGUCUUUCUUGCUGCAGCAGCAGACAUUCUUGGAGAAAUGUGAAACUUGGAUGGAUUUAUUAGUUCAGACUGAACAGAAGCUGGCGGCAGAGAUUUCAGGAAACUACCAGAGUCUUUUAGAGCAACAGAGAGCACAUGAGCUAUUCCAGGCAGAGAUGUUCAGCCGUCAGCAGAUUUUGCAUUCAAUCAUCUCUGAUGGGCAGCACCUCCUAGAACAAGGACAAGUAGAUGACAGGGAUGAAUUUAAUCUGAAGCUGACACUUCUGAGUAAUCAGUGGCAAGGAGUAAUUCGUCGGGCACAGCAGAGGAGAGGGAUCAUUGACAGCCAGAUCCAUCAGUGGCAGCGCUACAGGGAGAUGGCAGAGAAACUACGCAAGUGGCUGAUGGAAACAUCCUGUCAGCCAGUGAGUGGUCUGGGAAAUGCUCCUAUUCCAUUGCAGCAAGUAAGAGCAUUGCUGGAUGAAGUGCAGCUUAAAGAGAAAGUUCUUCUGAGGCAGCAGGGGAGUUAUAUCCUGGCUGUGGAAGCUGGGAAGCAAUUACUGCUCUCUGCUGACAGCGGAGCUGAGGCAGCCCUGCAGGCAGAGCUUACAGAAAUUCAGGAGCGAUGGAAGAAAGUUAGCAACCAACUGGAAGAACAGAAGAAACAGGUUGCUUUAUUACUGAAAGACUGGGAAAGAUCUGAAAAGGGAAUAGCAGACUCCCUGGAGAAGCUAAGAUCAUUCAAAAAAAAGCUUUCUCAGCCUUUGCCAGAACACCAUGAUGAGCUGAAUGCAGAGCAGAUUCGUUGCAAGGAAUUAGAGAAUGCUGUUGAUGGAUGGACAGAUGACCUUGCACACCUCUCUCUACUGAAGGAGUCCUUGUCUACCUACAUAAGUGCAGAUGAUAUUUCAGUCCUCAAUGAGCGUAUAGAGCUUCUGCACAGACAGUGGGAGGAGCUGUGCCAUCAGGUAUCCUUACGUCGACAGCAAGUUAGUGAGAAACUGAAUGAGUGGGCUGUCUUCAGCGAGAAGAACAAGGAGCUCUGUGAGUGGCUGACACAAAUGGAAAGUAAAGUAUCUCAAAAUGGUGACAUCGUCAUAGAAGAAAUGAUCGAGAAACUUAGAAAGGAUUAUCAAGAGGAAAUUGCUGUAGCCCAAGAGAACAAAAUCCAGCUCCAGCUAAUGGGAGAGCGACUUGCUAAAGCCAGCCAUGAGAGUAAAGCAUCAGAGAUUGAGUACAAACUUGGCAAGAUCAAUGACAGAUGGCAACAUCUUCUGGAUCUCAUUGCAGCCAGGGUAAAGAAGUUGAAAGAAACCCUAGUUGCAGUGCAGCAGCUGGAUAAGAACAUGAGUAGCCUGAGAUCUUGGCUUGCCCACAUUGAGUCAGAGCUGUCCAAACCAAUUGUCUAUGAAACUUGUGACUCUGAGGAGAUACAAAGGAAGCUAAAUGAACAGCAGGAACUUCAGAGGGACAUCGAGAAACACAGCACUGGAGUGGCAUCUGUUCUCAAUUUGUGUGAAGUGCUUCUUCAUGACUGUGAUGCCUGUGCCACAGAAACAGAGUGUGACUCUAUCCAGCAGGCUACACGCAAUCUGGACAGAAGGUGGAGGAACAUUUGUGCAAUGUCAAUGGAAAGGCGACUUAAAAUUGAAGAGACGUGGCGGUUAUGGCAAAAGUUUUUGGAUGACUACUCUAGAUUUGAAGACUGGCUAAAAAACUCUGAGAGGAUUGCUGCUUUCCCAAGUUCCUCUGGUGUGCUUUACACAGUUGCUAAGGAAGAACUGAAGAAAUUUGAGGCCUUCCAGAGACAGGUGCAUGAAAGCCUCACUCAGCUGGAACUGAUUAACAAACAAUAUCGCCGACUGGCCCGGGAGAAUCGCACUGAUUCUGACUGCAGCCUCAAGCAGAUGGUCCAUGAGGGGAACCAGAGAUGGGACAAUUUACAAAAGCGAGUUACCUCCAUCCUGCGCAGGCUAAAACAUUUUAUUGGCCAGCGUGAGGAGUUUGAGACAGCACGUGAUAGUAUCCUGGUAUGGCUAACAGAGAUGGACCUGCAGCUGACAAACAUAGAGCAUUUCUCAGAGUGUGAUGUCCAAGCAAAGAUAAAGCAACUUAAGGCUUUCCAGCAAGAAAUUUCACUGAACAACAACAAAAUUCAGCAGAUAAUUGUUCAGGGUGAGCAACUCAUUGAGAAAAGUGAACCCAUGGAUGCAGCUGUCAUUGAAGAAGAGCUAGAUGAGUUACGUCGUUACUGUCAGGAGGUCUUUGGACGUGUGGAGCGCUAUCACAAGAAACUGAUCCGUCUUCCUCUGACAGAUGAUGAACAUGAGCUGUCUGACAGAGAGGUGGAUCUCGAUGAAUCAGCAGAUCUCUCUGACAUACACUGGCAUGACAAGUCUGCAGACAGUGUUCUCUCCCCACAUCCUUCUUCCAACCUUUCACUGCCUCUUGCACAGCCAGUGAGAAGUGAACGAUCAGGGCGGGAUACCCCUGCAAGUGUGGACUCUAUCCCUCUGGAGUGGGAUCAUGAUUAUGACCUUAGCAGAGACCUGGAGACAGCUGUUUCACGGGCGCUGCACUCUGAGGAAGAAGAUGGAGAACAAGAGAAGGAUUUCUAUCUGAGAGGAGCAGCUAGUAUAGCAGGAGAACCUGGUUCCCUAGAAGCACAUAUACGACAGCUGGACAAAGCCUUAGACACCAGUCGUUUCCAAAUACAGCAAACAGAAAACAUCAUCCGCAGCAAAACACCUACAGGACCAGAGCUGGAUGCCACUUAUAAAGGAUAUAUGAAGCUACUAGGUGAGUGCAGUGGAAGCAUAGACUCGGUAAAAAGGCUUGGGUAUAAACUCAAAGAGGAAGAGGAAAAAUUAUCUGGACUUAUUAAUCUGAACAGUACUGAAACACAAACAGCUGGUGUAAUUGACCGAUGGGAAUUAAUCCAGGCUCAAGCUCUAAGCAAGGAGCUAAGGAUGAAGCAGAACCUUCAGCAAUGGCAGCAGUUCAAUUCCGACCUUAACAGCAUUUGGGCUUGGUUAGGAGAAACAGAGGAAGAACUGGAGAAGCUCCGCCGCCUUGAUCUCAGUACUGACAUACAAACUAUUGAGCUCAGGAUUAGAAAAUUGAAAGAGCUGCAGAAGGCAAUUGAUAACCGGAAAGCUAUCAUCUUAUCCAUCAACCUGUGCAGCUCAGAAUUUACUCAGUCUGACAGUGAAGAAAGCAAGAAGCUCCAAGAGCGCCUGUCUCAGAUGAACAUCUGCUGGGAUCACGUAUGCAGUAUGAUCGAAGAGUGGCGCUGCUCACUGCAAGAUGCAUUAAUGCAGUGCCAGGAUUUCCAUGAAAUGAGCCAUGGUUUGCUGCUCUGGUUAGAGAAUAUUGACAGAAGAAAAAAUGAGAUUGUGCCCAUCAAUCCAAAUCUGGAUUCAGAAAUCCUACAGGAUCAUCACAGACUUUUAAUGCAAAUCAGACGUGAACUGCUGGAAUCUCAGUUGAAAGUGGCGUCACUGCAAGAUAUGUCCUGCCAAUUGUUAGUCAAUGCUGAAGGCAAGGACUGCCUUGAAGCCAAAGAAAAGGUGCAUGUCAUUGGAAACAGACUUAAGCUCCUCUUGAAAGAAGUCAUACGUCACAUAAAAGACCUAGAGAAAGCUCUAGACAUUUCAAGUAGUCAGUUGGAUUUGUCCUCAUGGUCCUCUGCUGAUGAACUAGACACAUCAGGCUCAGUGAGUCCUGUAUCUGGACAAAGCACACCAAGCAGACAGAGAACGCCACGGGGCAAAUGUAGUCUCUCACAGCCUGGACCCUCUGUCAGCAGUCCACAUAGCAGGUCCAUAAGAGGUGGCUCAGGUUCCUCCCCUUCUGAGGCUGGGCCAGCAUGGCAGCACCCAUCCUUCUUCCUCAGAGUCCUCAGAGCUGCUCUGCCACUUCAGCUCUUUUUGCUGCUCCUGAUUGGGCUGGCUUGCCUGGUUCCAAUGACCGAGGAGGACUACAGCUGUGCAAUGGCCAACAACUUUGCCCGCUCUUUCCAUCCCAUGUUAAAAUACAUGAAUGGUCCACCUCCGUUAUGAAGUUGUGAGACAGCAGGUGAUCUUGCUGGAGUAGUAGCCAGGAGACAGUGUGGUUUUAAAAAGUGACAGCAUUCAGUGUGGCAACUUUACAUAUCUGCUGUAGCCACCACAGUGUCUCUAUCAUUCUCUACUGGCACCAAGUUAGUAACACAUCAGUACAUCAGUUCCAAACUGCAGAACAUAUUAUCUGAGUAGCAUUGUUUCAGUAUUCACAUCCUGGGCACCAAGGAGGAUGUGAUGUGUGUGAGGGAAAUAUCCUUCUGUCCAUCAUUCUGGAUCUUUUAGCUACUUAAUACCCAGGUCAUUGCCCUGUACUAUGCAUAGCCAAGAACUGGAUACUGUAGAUCCUUUCCUCUGUGCUGCUCUAUAUGAGCCAUUAGCCUGUCUUUGUUAAUUGCCCUCUCAGUAUCUACAGUAUACAAAACAGCCAGUGCUAAAGAAAUUUUAGAGCAUUUGUAAACAUACAAUUUUAAAGGAUCUUGUAUCGCAGUGUGUUAUCCCCUGUGAUUUCUGUUUUGGGCAUGGUGUUCUAACCUUUGCUUUGGAUGUACAAGGUGUAAAUCUGUUAAGCACUUUUUUAAGGUUUAAAAUAUGGAUGUAAUAAAUGAGAUCAUAAAAGGUUUUAUGAAGAAAAAUGUUGAAUGUCAAGUUGAAAAACAAAGAACAUAUUUAUGUAUGUACAGUUUGCUAAGCCAAGUUUUGUUUGUAUUGAUUUCUUUGCAUUUAUUAUAGAUACCAUAAAAUAUUUUGUCUACGUGCUUUUUAAGGACAAGUAUGAAGACCUCUAAGUUUAGAAUGAGAUAUGUAUAGUAUAAAGAAAAAUAGCUGCACUUCUAAAAAUAAUUAAAAAAUGCUGUACCAAAUUAGCAAUAUUGAGUAUAUGUUAAAAUAAGAUCAUCUGGAUAAUAUGUCAAAUGGUGAUAUACAAGGCGAGGUGUUAUAUCUACUAUAGAGUAACGCUAGCUGAACUUCAGCAUUUAGAGGAGCCGAAAUCUCCCUUUUCAGAUAAGUGUAACAUUUUCCUGGAAAGGAUAUUGUAUGUCAACAAGGUGUUUUCAGUGUCUGAGACCUAGACUCGGAUUGAUACAAGUAUAUAUUCUUCUCAAGUCUUAGUUUCUUUCAUUGAUAUUCAGAAGUUAUGCUGUCUAUGAUCACUGUUUGAGUAGACAAAGAUAAAUAAUGCACUUUUAUAAUAUAAAAAUGAGCUGUUAUUUGCAGAAGGCUUCAUAAAAUUUACCUUUCCUCUGUUUUCUGAUAUCAUUCUCUAUGGUAACACAACUUAUGGGAAUGGUAAUCGAUGCACAUACAUUAAUAAUUUAAUAGCUCACUUUAGAACUGUUAGUCCAGAUCUCUGUAUUCUUUAGACAUUCCUUCAUCAGCCAGUCCCUGGUUUUGAUGGCUGAGUUUUUGUUGGAUGGUUGCUUUUUUUCUUUUUUUUUCUUUUUCUUUUUUUUUUUUUUUUAAUGAAGGCAUUAUUGAUACUGAAAAAGCUAAUUUGCUGAGAAGGUUGCCUCCAGUUCGUUUUCCAGUCUAUUGUUUGUGAUCUCAUGGAAGGAGAUGUUAUCUAAAAGGUAGUUGUGAUUAUCAAACUACGAAAGAAAGCUUUAUCUGCUGAAGGAAGCAGGAAAAAAAUCACAAGUGAGACCUAUGUUUGUUUCUUAUGAUAUUUAAAAACUGAAGGAGAGGCAGGGAGGUUUGAAGGCAGGUGCUUAGGAGGAAGAGGAGAGUACAAGGAAAAGAGUUUUGUUUCAGUGAUUUUGGAUGCAAUUAAUAGAGUACCUUAUAACAGAAAAUGGAAGGGGUAGCACCUGGUAUGUUUGAAUUGCAAUCUGACAUUUGAUUUUUGCCAGCUGUUUUGCCAUUCUGUAGUCCCUGCUUUUUGAAGUCUCUAAUUAUGUGCACAUAUGACCCAUUCAGAACUGAUUUUUUUUUUUUUUUUUUACCUUUUGACACAGCGUCUUCCUUCUCUACAGCUCUAAUUCCAAGCAGCAAGAUGAUACUGGCAGUCUAGAAGUGCUGAGAAGCCCUACACUUUAUGGAGCAGCAGUGUGAGCUGUUGCUUAUUUUAGUUGGAGGUGUUGACAUUUUUCCAGUGUGUACCUCCUUGACUCACCCUUUCCCUGCAGCUCAUACCUGAACUAUAGAAUGGAUGAAAAAGUGUGCCCUGCUUAGUGGAGGCUAUAGGGGGAAGCAGAAGUGGGCUUUUUUAGUUGUUGAUUGUUUACUUAAUGUUCUCAGCUUCAUCCUGAUUGUUUUGGUUUCUUAUUGUGUCUGUUGUCCUUGGAGAAUAUUCUUGCGCUAAAGAAUUUAGUGUAAGAGAGAAAGGGUAAUGUUGGUUCACAUGAACAUAUUUAUAUAAAAUUCUUUCCAUGCUGACUGCUCAGGGAGAAUUGAAUCCCUUGGUCAGCUGUCACAGCUGUUUCUGCAUUUUUUGCCAUUAUUAAUUGCAUUACUUUUCCAUGUUUCCUCCUUCAGCCUAUACUACUGUUUCAUCUAUUUACAUUUUGCUUGUCAUUCAUUUCUCUGUAGACUCCAUUUAUCUCCCUGUACCCCAUCACCUGAGUCCUACGUCAUUCACCUUCUUGAUUUCAGAAGAGAAAAUCUCUGUCUGAGCACUUAAACUGGUUUGAGAAAUAGACUCCUCAAAAAGGAAUUUCCCAGCCCUGAGCUGAUUCCAUUAUGACUUCAAAUGGGUCUUUUUCAGAACUGAUAUUGAUCCUCAAAACUGGCACGAAGCAGUCAAAACUGAAACAAAUGCCCAGGCAUUUCACAGGCUCCCAUUAAAGCAAAUUUCAUCCAGUGAAUACCAGUGACUUGAAGAUCUAUCUUGAGCUGCAAAGCCAGGCAGAUGACAUCAGCAUAUGCAUUGAUAACCACAUCAUGUACUAGGGGAAACGAGACAAGUAUAAAGGAAAAAAGCACUUCCAGAAAAUCUUCAAAUAUUACAGCCUGUGGCAUUAGCCAACUUUGCAGCCUAGAAGUCUUCCUGCUAAGGUGAAGUUGCUCUUUCUGCCUAUCUUUAUUUCACUGGGAGGCUGUCAUGGAGGAGUUAGAUUUAAAAGAUUUUAAGAAAUGCACAGAUUAGAAUUUGAGAUGCCCUGGCUUUAGUCUGCAGUCAUUUACUCUCUUUCUAAAGCAGACAACCAAUUUACGGAUUGGAAACUGUAAAUAGACAAGACUGAAUUCUGGUAACAUGCUUUGAGCCUUGGCUGCAAGACCCCGGGGAAAGUGAUAAAGAAGUUGUCAAAAUCUGGGACCAUCCGUAGAAUCAUAAAAUGGUUUGGUAUGGAAAGGAUAUUUAAGAUAAUCUAGUUCCAAUCCCCCUGCUAUAGGCAGGGACACCUCCCUCUAGACCAGGCCUGGCCUUGAAUGCUUCCAGGGAGGGGGCAUUCACAGCCUCACUAGGCAACUUGUUCCAGUGUCUCAUCUUCACAGUAAAGAAUUUCUUUCUAAUAUCUAGUCUAAAUCUACCCUCUUCCAAUUUAAAACCAUUUCUCUUUGUCUAGUUGCCACAUGCCCUUAUAAAAAGUCUCUCCUCAUCGUUUGUAAACCCCUUCAGGUACUGGAAGGCUGCUAUAACGUCCCUCUGGAGCUUUCUCUUCUCUAGACUCAAGAGUACCAGCUCUCAGCAUGUCCUGGUAUGGCAGGUGCUCUAGCCCUCUGAUCAUCUUCAUGGCCCUCCUCUGGACCUGCUCCAACAGCUCAAUGUCCUUGUGUUGGGGGCCACAGAACUGGAUGCAGUAUUCCAGGUGAGAUCUCAUGAGAGCAGAGUAGAGGGGCAGGAUCACAUCCCUCAACCUGCUGGUUAUGAUUCUCUUGAUGCAACCCAGGAUACAGUUGGUCUUCUGGGCUGCAAGCGCAUAUUGUCCACUCACGUUGAAUCUUUCAUCAACUGCCACUAUGAAAUUCUCCUCAGGGCUGCUCUCAUGCCAUUCUCCACCCAACCUGCAUCUGUGGUUGGGAUUGCCCCAACCCAGAUUCAGGACCUUGCAUUUGGCCUUGUUGAACUUCAUGAGGUUGACAUGAACCCACCCCUCAAGCCUGUCCACGUCCCUCUGGAUAGCAUCCCUUCCCUCUAGCAUGUCAACUGCACCACUCAGUUUGGUGUUGUUGCAAACUUGCUGAGCAUGCAUUUGAGCUCACUGUUCACGUCACUUACAAAGAUGUUAACACCAUUCCCAGCACAAAUUCCUGAGGAAUUCCGUUUGUCACUGAUCUUCACUUAGACAUUGAGCCUUUGACUGCAACUCUCUGAGUGCAACCAUCCAGCUAAUUCCUUAUCCAGCAAGUGGUUCAUCCAUCAAAUCCAUUUUUUCUCCAAUUUAGCUACCAGGAUGUCAGGCAGGACAGUGUCAAAUGCUUUGCACAGGUCCAGGUAGAUGACAUCUGUUGCUCUUCCUUUAUCCACUGACACUGUUACUCCAUCAUAAAAGGCCAACCACAUCUGUCAAGCAUGACUUGCCCUUGAUGUAGCUUUGUUGUUUACCACCAAUAACACUAUCUUUAUUUUACACAUGCCUUCAGGAGGAUCUGCUCCAUGAUCUUGCCAGGCAUAGAGGAGAGACUGACUGGCCUGUAGUUCCCUGGAUCUUUUUUUUUUUUUUUCCUUCUUGAAAAUGGGGGUUAUGUUUCCCUUUUUCCAAUCAGUGGGAACUUCAUGAGACUGCCAUGACCUUUCAAAUAUGAUAUGGUAUUAUGACUUGGCAAAUUCAUCUGCCAGUUCCCUCAGAACCCAUGGAUAGAUCUCAUUGGGUGACAUGGAUUUGUGCACCUUCAUGUUCUUUAGAUGGCCUCGAGCCUGAUCUUUACUUACAGCGGGCAAAGUGUUUAAGCCUGAAGAAAAUGAAAUUCAUCUAAACUCUGCAUCUUGGCAAACAGCCCUUAUUACUAAAUUAUCUUUUAUCCCAUUUUCUAUUCAUAGAAUUGUAGAAUAGCUUAGGUUAGAGGGAACCUUGAAGAUUCCAAUUCCCUGCAAUGGGGAGGGCUGGUACCCACCAGAUCAGGCUGCCCAGGGCCCCAUCCAACCUGACCCUGAACACAUCUGAAGCUGGGGCAUCCACAGAUUCUUUGGGCAGCUUGUGCCAGUGUCUCACCAGUAAAGUAAUUAAAGAAUUUCUUAUUGACAUCUAAAUGAUUUUAAAAAAUUCCCUCUUAUUCAGUCACUGUGAGACCAUUUAGAAAGUUGUUUUCCUGCCUAUUUAUAAGUACAGGAAGGCUGCAGUGAGGACUCCCUGGAGCCUUUGCUUCUUCAAGUGAAACAAGCCUGACUCCCUCAACUUUUUUUCAUGAGAUCAGAGCUCCAGCACUCUGAUCAUCUUCAUGGCCCAUCUCUGGACCCACUGCAGCAGCUCCAUGUCUUUAUUGGGUUGUGGGCCCAAGGCAUGGACACGGGAUAUGGCCUUGUGGGCUGGCCACUCCUCUGUUGAUGCAGCCCAGGAUACAGUAGGCCUUCUGGGCUGCAAGAGCACGCUGCUGGUUCAUGUACAGCUUUUUGUCCAUCGUGUUCCCCAUGUACUUCUCCAUAGGGUUGCUGUCAGUGAGUUCUUCUCCCCAUCUGUGUUCUUAUCUAAGAUUGUCCUGACUUAAAUAUAACACCUUGUAUAUGCCUUGCUGAAUAUCAUUAGAUUCUCAUGUGCCCACUCUUUGAGCCCUUCUGCGUCCCCCUGGAUAUCAUCCCUUACUUCUAUGGUAUCAACUGUACCACUCAGCACCACUCUACUAUUGGAUAAGCAGUGACUGCUUUUGAGGUGUAAUCAUCGUUGCAGCUUGAUACAUCUUGCAACUGUGAACCCUGCUUACUGACUUAAAGGCUUAAAGUUGCCUCAUAAUUAGUGGGUGUUUAAAGGCAUAAACUCAUAGCUUAGUAACUCCUUACUGUAUGGUAAUACCAAGACGUCAUCUGCACAAUGCCCGUGCCCUGUUCCGUCAGUGUUAGCAGCUUCAUUCUGCAGCAGAUCAAUAGUCUGUCUCCACUGGUUUGCUACCCUUCCAGGUCCCCUGUAAACACCAUCAGUACCUUCAGUAUGGCCUCCUCCUUCCUUAGAGCUUACUUCUACAGCUGGCUAUUAAACAAAGAUAAACUAGCUGGGGUUGUCACAUGAACAGUCAACCCCAGCCCUCAGAGUCUUGUGCUUUUUGUAGUUGAGAAAUCUUUUUAUAACUGAUAGCAUCUCUUGACAUGAUCAUCAUCAUGAGUGAGUUUUCAAAGGCAUUAAGAAACACAUAGCUCGUGGUCUUCAAACCACAGAUGCUAUCAGGAUUUAGUGAGUGUAGGAGGAUUCUGGGAAAUAAGAGCAGAGUUAAGAAGAAAUAUAAGUUUUAAGCAAGAAAUUGAAAAAAUUUGUAACAAAAUACAGAAAUGAAGGUAGAAAAGAAUUAAAAGAGAGUGUCAACUUUCAUGCUUACUUGUGAUUCCCAUGUUUAAUAUGAUAUUUAAAGCAAUGGAUUUUGGAAAGCAAAAGAGCGGGGAGUGCCACAGUGAAAUAAGGCUUGUGUUUAAGUUGGGUAGCUUGACUAUAAAAUUGUACAACUCCUGCAGCAGUCAGUUGCAGAAUACAUCUGAAGUUGUUGCCUACACUGGGGAGUGGGAGACCUGGAAGAAAGGGAGUGUUUAUGUUUUGGUUUGGGUAAAAGAGGUUUCCCUACACAAGACUUCUGUCCAAUAACCUUUCUAUCACCUCACUAGUCCAGGUACUGGCUAGCUGUUUCUAACCUUGGCAGCAAUGUUGUGAAAUGUACCACUACAAGCUGAACUGUUAUCGUGCAAUUUGGCCAUAAUUAGACUUAGAGCUGGGUCUUGUUACAAAGAGGAAAUGGUCUCAUACUAAAAGAGGGGAGAUUUAGGCUGGAUAUAAGGAAGUGGGUUUUUUUGUGUUGUUGUUGGUUUUUUUAAUUAUUAUUAUUAUUUUUUAUUUUUUUAUUUUUUAUAAGGGUAGUGAAGGACUGGAACAGGUUGCCCAGAGAGGUGAUGGAUGCCUUGUCCCUAGAGACAUUCUAGGUCACGAUGGAGGGGCUCUGAGCAACCUGAUAAAGCUGUAGGUGUCUCUGUGCAUUGCAGGGGAGUUGGAAUAAAUGACCUUUAAAUGGUACCUUCCAAUUCAAGUGAUUCUACAAUUCUAUGACACAAAAAUGAAAAACCUAGAUUUGGGAGAAGUUGUAUUUGUUUUUAUGAUAUUAAGAGUUUUUGAAUAUUCCAGUAAUAUUCCACAAUAAAGCAUUAUAUGGGAAAGAUUUAGGGGAUUAAUUUCUCUUCCCAAAAAGGGAUAGAUAAAAAUCUGUGAAACAAGAUAAAAGGAAAUGAGUAACUGUAAGCUUAAGCACUGAAGUCUUGUAAUAGAUCAAACCCUGGUUAAAUGAUAGGAAUCUGAAUUAUAUUAAGUGAUUGCUCUGAAAGCAGACAGGAACUGACCAACUGUGACUUUUAUUGUUUACUUAAUAUAGUGUUCAGAAAUAGAAAUGGUCAAAACUGCUUGGCUGAGUAAAAUCCUAUUUAAAGACCUGAGGUGUAACAUAGAUCUGAUCUCAGUGAGAUCUGAAUUAAACAAUGACAUGUUUAGUUUUUGGAAAAACGAGGAGGCUUUAGGUAAGCGUUGUGCACUUCCUGUAUCAGAAGUAUCUUGGGAGAAGAGACAUGAACCAAUGAGCCCGUCUCCCUCUGGGAUGGUGCAGAUAUAGAUGAAGUGUGCACAGAGGCUGCUCAGAUCUGGCUCAGUGUUUUCAGGCAUGUAAUUCCUGCAAGACUGAUUAUAUUAAUGUGUUCUUUUUUUCAUUCCACUGUUUUUAGAAAGAGGAAAGUUACCAGCGUCCACCUUUUAUGGGAGUGCUCACAAGCAAAAGGGAGAUUUGUGUUUGUAUUAUUCUCAUUAUAAAUAUUUCAAGCCAUUGUAUCAGAGUCUCCUGACCAUUGCACUGCAGGUUAAGCCACAUGGCUGCAAUUCAAUUUGAAGUCCUUCUGUAAAACUCAAAGCAUUGUGCAACCAAGUAUGCAAACCAUGGGGUAAGGCAGGGAGAAAAAAAAGCACUAGAAAAAACAUGAUGCUGUAGCACUGUGGUUGAGGUACAAAGAAGAAAUUGCAAACCUGAAGAUUCUUUUCUGAUUUUUAGGCUUAAUAUAAGUGAAAAAUAAUCCUACAAAGGCAGACUGGAACUCAAACUUUUCUGCUUUCAUGUGUAUAUCUAAAACUCUUAAGCAUUUUUGGAGUCUUCAGGCUUUUAUGUACCAUACCAUAAAAUAGCUUGUUGGUACAAUUUUUUGCUUACCUGUAGAUAUAAUGCACUUGUUUCACCUUUCUGUGGACAAAAAAUCUCAGGAGGUGAGUAGAAAACUAGAGACAGCUGACAAGGCACAAAUCUAUCUGCCUUAGAAAAGAGCAUUCAGUCUUUGUGUGUACAAGAGCCUAAAUAUCUUACAAGCAUUUACUGAAAGUCUGGCUGAAAUGCACAUUUUUCAGCAGUCUGCUACAGUAACAUGCUGGAGUUGUGCACAAAUGUGUAGGAAUGGAAAAUGGAAGGUAAAUUUUAUAUCAUCACCCACACGCAGCAGAAAUGAAAGCAUUGCAGAUUGACACCUAAAUACUGCAGCAUUCCCUCUCACGGGGAUAUGAGAGCUGGUUAGGCUUGCAUCUCCUGAGAUGAGUGUCAAAUAUUAUUUUGAUGGUCAAUUUUCCUGAAGAUUUCGUGUACAUUUUUACAUUUGGUCUCCUGUAUCUGCAGGAUGUCAUGGUGAAUGACAAUAAUUGGAGCCUGGUUGGGCAUAAAACAGACCAUGCAGGCAGUGCCCUUCUGUCAGCAUUCCUUCUCUGUGCACAUGCUGAUAUGUCUUAUUUUACAUUUGGAUAUUUAUUUCCUCUUUGUUGUUUGGCUAGUGGAUAUAAACAUAAUACAGAGCAGAGAUGCAAGACUUAGCCAGCCUAAGAGCUUCUCCACGGGGUUUUUAAUGCAGCAGUACCUGGAUGAAAAUAAAAGGAAUUAAUCAUGUAAUUUUGAAGAAUAAUCUUUGCAGUUGCAACGUGGUAUAAUUAAAUCUAUUUAUUUUGUUUGUUUGUUCGUUUCAUUUGCUUCAUGCUCUGUACUGACUGGCUGUAGCGGAACAGCUAUGCAGCAUGGUCAUGAGGUUUUUCUUACAGAAGGAAAGUGCCACUGACAGAGAGCACCAUGUUGUAGCCUGUGAAUAAGCUAAUAUUCACAGUUUAUUUCAAAUAAGGAGAUUGCCUUAACUAACAGAAAAAUAAAAGCUAUCAGGUAAGUUCUUCAGUUAUACAUUAACUACUCCAUACCUUUCUAAUUACUUAAAUAGAAGAAAACAUGCCUGGACAAGACAUGCAUCAGUUGCAUGUUUGAAAAGAAAGAAAGCAAGCAUGUGGUAGGGAGCUCACUGCAAAUGACUGUGUGCAUGUUCAUGGGCUUCACUGAGGGUACAGCAUCUGGGGAAGGCAGCUGUUCUGCAAGGACUCGUGUAUAUAUAGAGAGAAGAAAAGGGAUGGGCCCAGUAACGAUGAGCCAUGAAUUUCAGCUCCAAGAACUCUGCAGUGAAACAACCAAACUGAAAAUUCUCAUUGUGGCAUAAUUUCUCAAAUGACAUCACUGGCUCCUGGCUGGGGAAAUGUGCCCAGCUCCUGAGAGCAGAGGCCCUUUUCCUGUUGAGUUCUUGCUUUGGUGGAUCUGAGCAUGUUGACAUCUCAGUUGGUGAGCCAGCUCUGGGUCAGGAAGUGGACUAGACAUUUCUGUGACUCUGUAUGGUCACGCUGUUCUCUGGAAUGAGAGGAUUAGAGGACUGCCUAAUCUCAUUUGUUAUGCACUACCUUGGUUCUUUAAACUGUUAUCAUUUUGGUAGCUGUAAGUGUGCUCAGACUGCAGCUGGUUAAUUUUUAUUUAGGAAUAACAAGUCUUUGAUUUUGUGUUCUUUUGUCCAGUUGCUUUUGUAGAUUAGACCUGUGACUGCGUCACACAUUCAGGUUUGCACAGUUUUCAAGGAAUCUUCUCCAGCAUGUAGGUAGCAUCUAUCAUUAGACUUCUAAACUGUGCGUAUCCUCAGAUAUGUACAUGGCACUGUUAUGGACAUUAUUGUGUAUACUAACUAAAGACUUGGAUCCUUGAUGCAGAGCACAAACUCAUCCUAUGCCUCAUUCUCUUCACAAUUGCUUUGUAACUGGAACUCACUGAAUUCACUGAGUGAUAAUCCUACUCAGAACCAGCACAGAACAGAAAACGGAAAAAAAAAUCAAUAUAGAAGCUGUAUACUCUAUAGUACUGAUAGGUAUAUAUAAGUAUUGAUAUGCCUCAAUAAGUCUGUAAAUGCUGUAAAUUAGUGGCUUGGUUCUUUGCAAAGACCCAAUAUAAUUCUGAGAAUAAGUUACAGGAUAAGGUUAAUUUCAGAGAGUUUUUGUGUCAUUAAAAAUGUCUUUCAUUUAUAUUCA